UCUUUUUUGGUUGCAUUAUACACACACACUUUUCUAAGCAACACUCGAGAGAGCUCGAGCAAGAGAGAGAGAGAGAGAGAGAGAUGGAGAUAAAUGAUCAUCUUCCUCUUUUUGUAACAAAGUCAGCCAAGGGACGUAUCCCUUUACAAAUUUAUGCGUUUUCAAUCUUGGUGGGUAUAUGCUUGAUCUUUGUAUAUAGAGUGAGCUAUAUACCAGCAAAAGAAGAAGCCGGAAGAUGGGUUUGGAUCGGAUUAUUUCUUUCGGAGCUUUGGUUUUCUUUUUAUUGGUUUAUCACUAUGGUUGUCCGUUGGAAUCUCAUCUAUCGUUCCACUUUCAAAGACAGGCUCUCUCUCAGACACGAAAAGGCUCUGCCGGGGAUAGACAUAUUCGUGUGUACAGCAGACCCCAUGAUAGAACCGCCAUCUAUGGUGAUUAACACCGUCCUCUCAGUCAUGGCUUACGACUAUCCGCCUGAAAAGCUAAGCGUUUAUCUUUCAGACGACGGCGGUUCGGAUUUGACGUUUUACGCAAUGGUAGAGGCCUCACGUUUCUCAAAGAUUUGGCUUCCGUUUUGCAAAAAGUUCAAAGUGGAGCCGAGAUCGCCGGAGGCUUAUUUCCGCACAGCCGCUGAGCCGCUUGAAGAUCCUGCCAUGGCCAAAGAGUGGUCAUCCAUCAAGACAUCAUAUGAAGACAUGAAGAAACGGAUUGAGACGACUACAGAGCGAGGCCAAAUUUCAGAAGAAGUACGUAAAGAGCACAAGGGAUUUAGUGAGUGGAACAAGGUUUCAAGCCGACGUGAUCAUCAAACCAUUAUUCAAAUACUUAUUAAUGGAAAAGACCCCAAGGCUGUAGAUAUUGAUGGACAACCUUUGCCAACUCUGGUAUACUUGGCACGUGAAAAGAAACCCCAGUACCACCAUAACUUUAAAGCAGGAGCCAUGAAUGCACUGAUAAGGGUGUCAUCGCGGAUAAGCAAUGGUCCGAUAAUUCUUAAUGUGGACUGCGACAUGUACUCAAACAAUUCAGACUCAGCGAGAGAUGCUGUGUGCUUUUUUAUGGAUGAAGAAAAUGGUCAUGAGAUUGGCUUCGUACAGUUUCCACAGGCGUUCGAGAACAUUACAAAGAAUGAUGUUUACGGUAGCUCCUUGAACGUAAUUAUGGAGGUGGAGAUUCCAGGAUUUGAUGGGCAUGGAGGGCCUUUGUAUAUUGGUACCGGGUGCUUUCACAGAAGAGACACUCUUUAUGGGCACAAGUACGGCAAGGAAUUUAAGGCAGAUUGGAAGGGAGGGAAAUGGAAUGAUAGAAAGGUAGAAGAGAGUGCGAGUGUUCUAGAAGAAACAUGCAAAGUUCUUGCAAGUUGUACCUAUGAAAACAACACUCAGUGGGGAAAGGAGAUGGGUUUGAAAUAUGGUUGUGCAGUAGAAGAUGUCAUCACAGGAUUAGCUAUACAUUGUCGAGGUUGGAGGUCAAUAUAUUUCAACCCGGAAAGGAAGGGGUUCCUUGGAGUUGCUCCCACAACACUACUGCAGUCACUUGUACAGCAUAAGAGAUGGAGUGAAGGUGAUUUUCAGAUCUUUGCCUCAAGGUACUGUCCCUUUGUGCAUGGCUACAAAAAGACUCCCCUGAAGCAUCAACUGUCAUACUGUAUCUAUUUGCUAUGGGCUCCAACUUGCUUGCCUACUCUAUACUACGUCGUUGUGCCAUCCCUAUGCCUGCUUAGAGGCAUCUCCUUGUUUCCAGAGAUUUCAAAUCCAUGGAUCCUACCAUUUGCAUUUGUCAUCUCUGUCCACCGCGCAUACUGUCUUGGAGAAUAUGUUUGGUUGGGGGGCACAUUCCUAGGCUGGUGGAAUGAUCAAAGGAUGUGGCUGUUUAAAAGAACUAGUUCCUUUUUCUUUGGAUUCUUUGACAACAUCCUAAAACUACUGGGGUUCACAAAGUCGGCCUUUGUCGUCACGGCAAAGGUGGCUGACGAUGAUGUUUCACAGAGAUACGAGGAAGAGCUCAUGGAGUUCGGUGCUUCUUCCCCAAUGUUUACCAUUAUAGCAACACUUGCAUUGUUAAAUGCGUUCUGUUUGGUUGGAGGAAUGAAGAGGGUGAUUAUGCAGAAGGAAAUGCAAAAUUUGCUUUCACACCCAUUUGCAUUGCAGAUUCUUCUUUGUGGGGUACUGGUUAUAAUCAAUCUUCCUGUUUACCAAGGUCUCUUCCUCAGGAAAGACAACGGUCGAAUGCCUACGUCAAUAACGCAACGGUCAAUUAUGUUUGCUCUAUUGGCUUGUGCAUUUGCCCUGUACUAAGUUCCUUAUUGGUGCCUGGUGAAGAAAUAUAUAUACUUUGAAGGGAAACUGUAAUUUAUUAUAUCCCAUGACGGGAUUCCUAUAAUUCAGGUGAAUUUUGUUAGAAAA